CACCGACUUUUCGUUAGAUCUUCCCGCAGCAAAACAGCCAUGGCUGGAGAUCAGACUGCAGAAGAUCAACCACAGGUUGUUGAUUGCAUCCCGCUGAUCGAGGCUGCUAGCAAGCAAAAGGUUUUGGGAAAUGGAGCUGUGAAACAGAAGAACUUUGCCCAGGCGAUUUCUGCAUAUGAGAGUGGCAUCGCCAUUCUCGACAAGGCGGAUGGGCAUCCAGUGCUGCGUAGCGAAGGUGAAGAAAUGGUGACUCUGAAGGCCACCUUGUACAGCAACAUUGCGCAGUGCGGGGUCACAGAUGCGAGGCCACUCGGAGGUUUGGGUGGCCAAUACUGCCGGCACGUUCAAUUGACUGUUUCUAGAUGGACGGCAUUGCAGAAUGCCGAAAAAUCAACCAAGUGUUUCUUGAGCCAAGAGCUUUACCGCAGGGCCAUUGAAGCAGCAGACUCGUGCCUCAAGUUGGAUCCAGACCACCUGAAGGCGCUGCACAGGCGGAGCCUGGCUUUUGAGGCGAUCCAUUCCUACCAAGCCGCCCUACUGGAUCUCCAGGCCCUUCGAAGGCUUCAAGGUCUUUCCAUUGAGACUUUGGAUCAGCGGGAAGCAGCGCUGAAAGAGAAACAGGCCAACGUCGAACGUUUGACAAAGCAAGAGGAGGAAGACAAAGCUGAUGAUCCAGUGGGGAUGGCCAUGACGAAUGUCAAGGAACGCUUCGAUGAGAUUUGCGACAAGUACGACUUGAGAGACGGAGACGCUGCAGGGGAGGUGGCAGAUUGGCUCACUUCCGGAGAGUGGGAGGUCACGGCGAAACGUGUAGCGCAGCGAUUCAAAAUGGAGGAGGAGGAUGCACAGGUCUUUCUUGCUUGGAUCGCCCAAGGCCUUGACUUCAAGGUGCGCAACGCAGAAGCACAAGCCGAAGCAGCUGCCAUGGCGCCAUCUCCGUCGCUGCUGGACAGCUAGCCCGGUGCUGCGCUGCACUUCACUGCCGAAGAAAAAAUGUGUUCGUUGGUCCAGUUGGAUUUGCUGAUGGAUUUUUUCCCAAUGGAAACAGAAAACCGGAAAAUUGGAAUAUUGGGAAAUCGGAACAUGAUCUUUCCCAAUUUUCCCAAUGAUAUUUUGCUGAAAAUCCACUACGGAAUCCUUGGGACAUCGGAAAAGGGAAUCAUUUGAGUUUUUUUGGGGUAGUCGUAACGGUUGAUACCCCUGGUGAAUGAGUCCCCGAUUUCUAGGGUGAUCCAGUUUUUUUUUGAACUGUGCCAAGCACAGCUGAGUGCGAUUCGGAUUGCUUGGGGAUGAAACAUCCCAAAAAGGCAGAGUUUUGGUGGUGAAAACAAGU